AUGGAAUCUAUCAACAUAUCCGUAGAACCAUCAAAAUCGUUUGAUGAAGUAACACCAUCAACAAAUGAUAGUAAAAAAGAUUAUGGAACAAAUAAAUGUAUGCAAAUUCUGUGCACUCGUACACUUUUAUGUAGUGCUAUUUAUUUUGCAUUGGCUUAUUUUAUUCAAGGAAUAACAGAUAUUGCAUCUGGAUUUGUUAAUUUACCAUUACAAACUAUCUUAAAAGAUAAACUUAAUCUUUCACCAUCACAAAUGGGUACUUUUUUCUUUACCUGUACCGUAACUUGGUCUAUAAAACCGCUCUAUGGAAUUCUGAGUGAUUUUGUACCAAUAUGUGGUUAUCAUCGACUUAUAUAUCUUCUAAUGACAACGGCACUUAAUUUAUGUGCAUGGAUUGCUCUUUAUUUUGUUCCAACAGAAUACAAUUAUUUAUUAACUUUCUGUGUUUUAGCAGCAUUUUCACUUGCAUUUAAUGAUGUUUUAAUUGAUGCACUAAUGAUUUCAAUUGGUCGUCCAUUAGCAUUAAUCGGUAUAUUACAAGGUAUUCAACAAACAUCAGCUAAACUUGCAUCAACUAUUUCACAAAUACCAGCUGGUAUUCUUGCAACAAGUACAACAUCAUUUCAAAUUAAUCAAACAUUAAAUAAUAGUACAUUAAAAUAUUUUAAUAAAAAUAUAAAUACAAAUAAAUAUAUUUUUUUAAUAUCAUCAAUAUGUCCAAUAAUAUUAUUUUUUGCAACAUUAAUUACAGUACGUGAACGUCGUCGAAAAUUAAAUAAAAAUAAUUUUUCUCAAACAUGGUCAAUAUUAUUAGGAAUAUUUCAAUAUAAAAGAUUUUGGAUUAUAUCUAUAUUUCUUUUUAUUUAUUCAGCAUCACCACAAAUUAAAACAGCAUUAUUUUAUUAUCAACGUGAUAAACUUCAUUUUAAUCCAUUUUAUGUUUCAAUAUUAAAUACAAUAUAUAAUGGUUGUGGUAUAUUUUCGGCAUUAAUUUAUUUAUCAAUAUUUUCACAUUAUCCAACUAAACGUGUACUUCGUAUAGCAAUUAUUAUGAGAAUAUUUGCUAUUGCAUCUUAUUUAUUUGCAAUAGAUAAAUUAACAUCAAUAUUUGUUGCUAUUAUUACAGGUUUUUGUUCUGAAAUAACAAAUUUAGCAUUACUUAAUUUAGCUGCUAAAUCUUGUCCAAAAAAUAUUGAAGGUACUUUAUUUGCAUUAUUUGUUUCAUGUGUUAAUUUUGGAGCAGCAACUGGCGAUUGGCUUGGUUCAUAUAUAUAUGAAUAUUUUAAUUUUAAUGCUCUUAUUAUAAUAGCUAUUGUUUGGAUUGGUACAACUAUGUUAGCAACAUGUCAUAUUGGUGAACAUGGUAUUAAAUCAACAUUAGAUGAUGAUGAUGAUGAUGAUGAAAGUGAUGAUAAAUAUCAUUAUUAUGAUGAUUUAAAAAAACAAAUACAAACAAUUGAUAAUGAAGAUUCAGACGAUAAAGAAACAAAUAGUUCGUCUGGAUAA